AUGGACAAGAAUUACACGAUAAGCCACUUCCGCCAGAACUCCUCCUCCGCUGGAAACCAUCUCCGCCAGUCCCUACCAGCAGCAGCAACCAACCACACCUGCAGACUCUGCUGGCUUCCUCCGCUCAUUGCAGCGGCCCUACCUCCGCCCAACUCACCUCCGCUGGCCACCACCGCCGAACUCGGAGCUCCAAGUCUGCUGAACUUCGGACCUCCGCUGAACUCAUGGUCUCCGCCGAGCUCUAGCUCUCUACUGAGCUCCGAGUCUCCGCCGAUCCCCAUCUCUCCACUGAGCUCGGUGAUCUCCGCCAAGCUCCAGGUGAAUGCCAAGCUCAGCCGAGCAUCACCGCUGGCCAAACACCACAGGCGGCCACCGCCUGCACAACCCAGCGGUAACCCACCGCCAGCUCAAACUUCAGUAGGUACCCGCCAACCUCUAGGUACAACUCCGCCGGCACCGACGGUUACCAGCUCCGCUUGCCUUCCCAGCUCCGGCAGCAACCUCGGUGGCUCCGCUAGGACCCAGUCAGCGGCAUUUUUUUUUUUUUUUGCCGCCCAGCUCCAUUCAGCAGCACAUUCCUCCGCUAAACACCAGCGGCCAGCCAGCCUCCGCCGAGCUACAACACCGCCGCCAGACAACCCACUAGCUCCAUCAACGACCUCCGCCGAACUCGUGGUCUCCGCCGAGCUCCAGCUCUCUACUGAGCUCCGAGUCUCCGCCGAUCCCCAGCUCUCCACUGAGCUCGGUGAUCUCCGCCAAGCUCCAGGUGAACGCCAAGCUCAGCCGAGCAUCACCGCUGGCCAAACACCAGAGGCGGCCACCUCCUGCACAACCCAGCGGUAA